UGAGUAACAUUUUAUCCAUCAUCAUCACUUCAUUCACUUGUGCUUUGCAUCAUAUAUAAAAAGAGUGUUAUAAAGAGUUAACGAAGAUGGUUUCUAAGGCUUUAGUUGUGUUUGGUCUAUUCGCAGUUCUUCUUGUUGUCUCAGAAGUUGCUGCCGCUGCCUCCGUGAAGUCAGAGACUGAGGAAACCGUGCAGCCUGAUCAGUAUCAUGGUGGAGGAGGACACAACGGAGGUGGAUAUAAUGGAGGAGGAGGAUACAAUGGAGGAGGUCACAACGGAGGAGGAUACAAUGGAGGAGGUCACAAUGGAGGAGGAUACAAUGGAGGAGGUCAUGGGGGACGAGGAGGUGGUUACUGCCGUCACGGUUGCUGCUACAGAGGUUAUAAUAGCUGCAGAAGGUGUUGUUCAUAUGCCGGAGAAGCUGUUCAGACUCAGCCUGGUCACUAAAGCAAUAUAAUAAGCUGACCACCAUGCAUGAUUGCAUCUAGAUAUAUACACACUUGUGUGUGUAUGACUAUAGUGUAUAAACCAUGGUGCGUUUGUAAUGAAGUGCUUAAAGAAUAGUAAUGGGAAUAAAAGUUUCAUAAUGUAAUGUCUUUGUUUUUGAGUUGUAAUAUCUAAUCUUUGAUGUUUGCAUAAUAAAAUAUCGUUUCUAGUUUCUACUA